GCACCAAGUCUACUCCUCCGCAGCUAGCUCUAGCUUUAGCUUCUUCCAUCUCCUACAUACAGAUCCAUUCCGUGGAUCGAUCUCUCCAACGAUGCCUCGGCUGCUCCUCUUGUGCCUGGUGUCUAGCCAUUUCGCGGUGACCGCCGUCAUGGCGCGGCAGUUCCCCGUCUUCCUCGUCGACGGCGGCGCCAUGGCAGCAGACGCUCCGUCUGCUUCUGCUUCCGACGCUUCGCGUCUGCAUAGGCACUCCCUUUUGGAGUCCAGGUUCGCAGGGUCGCCGAUGGGCUCGUCUGACCACGGACUACGGCACGGCCCCUUCGACAGGCACUUCGCCGGGGGCAAGAUCAUACUCGGCGGCCUCGCGGUGGCGAUCAUCGCCGCGGUCUUCUGCUACAUCCGCAUCACCAGGGCCAAGAAGAUCGUCGAGCCAAAAACUUAGACUUCUUUCUCUUCCCUGGUUAAUAUCAUACCUUGAACACUUCUUUUUCGUCUUUCUUUGUAGCGAGGACAUGACAUGGGGGAAAAAACAAAUGUA